AUGAGGACAUUCCAUCUCAAUGAGUGCUGCUUCAGAAGCAAUGAUCCAGUAGCCAUCGCUGAAGAUUAUGACUGUCGAAAUGAAGAACUUGGAGUUGGAAAAACAGAUGAAGUGAAGACAGGAGUCUGUGGAAAAGGUUUGAAAGGCACCUUAACUUACAAAUGUGAAUCACGCGAUUGGAAACCAUUAGAGGACAACUGCAUAAUUGAAGAUAUCGACAACCUUAAAAACAAACUUCAGUUCUUGCGUGUGGAGGAGAUUCCAGGGUUUAUGGCUGACCUCAGUUCUGCCACAGCAAAGCAUGAUAUUAAUAUAACCCAGUCUGCUGCUACUGUCCAAGCAAUUGUUGACAUACUCUUUAAAAUUGCCAACUUGUCACAAGCUACUUCCAUCAAUAAUCCAGUUAUGGGGAGUUUCCUAAACACAGUGGACAUUAUUGUAUCAGGUAAUGUCAGUAAUACAUGGAACAAACUGAACAAAGGCAAAAACACAGAAGACACCAGCAUUAAACUUCUGAGCGCUAUUGAGGAUAUAAGUGACCGUCUCACAGAUGAGUUUGCGAUUAAUGAAACAUCCAUUCAGCUGAAUAGAACUACAAUUAAAAACUCAUUCAAUAUAACAUCAGCACUGCCAAACUCGGCUACAGAGAUUGUGGUACCACAGGUUCCUCAAGAGACUACCAUAACCAUCAUAAUCUUCACAACUCUUGACAAAGUACUACCUUCUCAAGGUACUAAUGACAGCAGGAAAUCAGAUGUGCGCAUCAAUGGAGAUGUGGUUGUUGUUAAGGUUAAUGAAACUCUUAACAACAUUUCUUUUACAUUUGACAUUACUGAACAGUCUUUGGGAAAUCCUCAGUGUGUCUUUUGGAACUUCAGUCUCAGCGAUUGGGAUUCCACUGGAUGCGAAGCAAAGCCCUAUAUAAGUAAAGGGAAUGAAACUGGCAAGAUUACAUGUGAAUGCAACCACACAACUUCCUUUUCAAUCUUAAUGUCACCGUUUUCCAUUUAUCACAAAGCCUUAGCCUAUAUAACUUACAUUGGCGUAGCUAUUUCGAUGGCCAGCUUGAUUAUAUGCCUGAUUAUUGAGACUAUCGUAUGGAAAUCAGUGACAAGAAAUGACACAUCCUACAUGCGACAUGUCUCCAUAGUCAACAUUGCCGUGUCCCUGCUGAUCGCAAACAUCUGUUUUAUCAUUGGAGCUGCAAUCGCAGAACAAGAACAGCCAACCUCAGUGGGUCGCUGCAGUCCAGCCGUUUUCUUCAUGCACUUUUUUUACUUGGCUCUUUUGUUCUGGAUAUUAAUGUCAGCGCUGUUGCUCUUUUACCGUACAAUUAUGGUCUUGUCUCAAAUGUCAAGGGCCAAAAUGAUGGUCAUCGCCUUCAUAGUCAGUUAUGGUGCACCUUUGCUGAUAGCGGUCAUCACUGUUGCCUCAACAGCUGGACCUCAAAAUUAUAUUUCCAAAAGAAAUGCAUGCUGGCUGAACUGGUUAGAAUCAAAGGCCCUGCUGGCAUUUGUGAUUCCAGCUCUCACUAUUGUAGCCAUAAACCUUGUAGUUUUGAUUGUGGUUCUGUACAAGAUGUUGAGGAGAGGAGUUGGUGCCGCAACUCAACCAGAUGAGAAACAUGCCCUGGUGGUCAUUGCCAGAUGUGUGGCCAUUUUAACUCCUAUCUUUGGUCUAACAUGGGGAUUUGGCAUUGGAACCAUGGUGUCACAAGAUUUAGGCAUUCAUGUGGUGUUUGCACUCCUCAAUUCACUGCAGGGAUUCUUUAUCUUGGUGUUCGGAACGCUUUUAGACAGCAAGGUAUGA